CAAAGGAAAGAGAAAGGGUGAGACAAGUUUAUCAUUUUAGUGGACUCCAGGUGUGUAGAGAGACAUUUGCUUUCGCCCAUGGGAUAAGUAGGAAAACCAUUGAUUCCAUUGCUAGAUCCCUUGAUCAAGAUGGGUUUGGUGCUAGAGUUCAUGGCAACAAAGGUAAAUCCCCUAAACAUGCCUUAACAAUGGAGGAUGUGAAGAGAGUCAAACAGUUUCUUCUUAGUUAUGCCAACAAAUAUGGACUUCCCCUACCUGGCAGGCUACCAAAUUUCAGAAAUGAGAAAACUAUUUUACUGCCCUCUGACAAAACCAAAGCAGAAGUUCACCAGGAAUAUUUGACACUUCCUGAUGAGAUGUCAUUGAGAAAGAUAUGCUUAUCUCAAUUCAAAACAGUAUGGCUUGAGCAGUGCCCUCAUAUUUUGAUCAUGAAGCCUGCCACAGACCUCUGUCACACCUGCCAGUCCUUUUCGUCAACUCUUUCAUGCAGCGGCAAUUUGAACGAAGAGGAAAAAGAGGAUAUUCUAUCAAAAUAUCAAGAGCAUGUUGGACAUGUCAAAGAACAGAGGGACCAUUACAGGGAUCAGUGUGCUGCGGCCAAAUCAACAUUUGUCCAACUCACCCCAGAGCAAAAAAUAAGAGGCCAGCCACCCUGCACAUUGCAGUCUGAGUUUCAUUAUAGCUUUGACUAUGCACAACAAGUGCAUUAUCCUCACUAUGCACAACAAGUUGGGCCAUUGUUUUUUAAAACACCUAGAAAAUGUCAAUGCUUUGGCAUCUGCUGUGAGGGAUCAGGCACCCAGAUAUUUUAUCUUGUGGAUGAAGCUCAACACUCAAAUAAAGGCGCAAACACUGUGACCAGUAUGCUGCAUCACCAUUUCAUGAACCAUGGUCUUGGUGAAACAGAUGUCAAGCUUCACAUGGAUAAUUGCAGCGGGCAAAACAAGAAUAACACAGUCAUCGGAUAUGGUAUGUGGAGAGUAAUGACUGGUCUCCAUGAGUCAGUGGAAUUUUCAAUGAUGGAAGCUGGCCACACCAAGUUUAACCCAGAUUGGCAUUUUGGGUUAUGGAAAGUCAAAUGGAGGCACUCGAAUGUUGAAACCUUAGCGGAGAUUGCUGCCAGCGUUUUGAAAUCCUCCAGGAAUGGCCACAAUGUCCCGCAGUUGGUUGAUGAUCCUGUUGCUCCUCUCUUCUUUUAUGACUGGGCAACCUUCUUCAAGAGGAUCUUUAAACCAAUACCCAGUUUAAAGUCAUAUCAUCAUUUUAGAAUGGACAAAGAUCAUCCUGGUAUUGUGUUUGUAAGGGAGUACGCAACAAGUCAGGAAGUGGCAGUCAACAUCCUCAAACCUGGUGCAGCAGUUGACCCUACUGUUCUUCCAUUAGUGAUUCCUCCAUCAGGGCUUGAUGCACACAGACAGUGGUACCUAUUCAAUGAAGUUGCUCCCUAUUGUGUCAACAAGGAAAGCUGUCCAAAGCCAACCAUGCCAAAACCUCUCGUCAAGAUAGACUCACCGUCACUGGCCAGGAAAUGCAGCAAAUGUAAACUGACUGGACACAAUAAAACAACAUGUAGAAUAUAAACUAAGUUAUAUCUAUCCAUUUAAAAUGCGAUGAUACUUCAAUGUUCACUUAAAUAUUGUAUUUGUUCAACUUCUUUUCAUAUUUCUUCACUAUUGAUUGAUGAUUGGAUGAAUGAAUGGAAGGAUGAAUGAAGGAAUGAAUGAAGGAAUGAAUGAAUGAAGGAAUGAAUGAAUGAAUGAUCGAUUGA